GCUCCUUCCUGUUUCUGGAGAUACCAAGCACGAGUGCAGCAAUGGCGCAUCCCAUGCCUCCCCUCUCAGCAUCACAGAGCACAAUCACCACCGUUCUGAAGAUCCUUCCAAAACCUCCUGCUGCUCCGGAGAGCAGAAGCAAUAAUUGUGCUUUUGGGGCCAAAUUCGACAGUAGGAGGGCACUUCUAUGCGGCUUGGUCGCUGCUGCUGCUGCUGCUGGCACCAUGCUGGGCGCUGACAUCGCUGGUGCUGCUUCGAAGAGGCGGCCUCCACCGCCAGCGCCGGCAGAGGCGAAGAAAGACCCGAACGUCAGCGGAGUGCAGGCUAAAGUGCUUGCUAGCAGGAAGAGGAAGGAGGCCAUGAAGGAAGCUGUGGCCAAGCUGAGGGAGAAAGGUAAGCCGGUUGAUAAGUGAAGGCCAGAACCAGUGACCCUUGAUCAAGAAAUGUAACUUAUUGUUAAAUAAUAUACUCCCUCUAUUCUUCUAAAGUAAUAAGCCAUUAAUUUGAAUAGUCUACUCACUUUAUGUGUACAGAUGAGAAUAAAAAUACAACUAUUUUGCUUGUA